UACCACAUUAAGGCAUGAUCAUAUGAAGUCUUCUAGGAUUGAUCAGACAAAGAAACCUCAAAGAAAACAAAGGGUCUCUUACUAGACCUCGCUGCUGGCUAGGUUAUAUGCAUGUUUUGACUUUGAAUCUGUCAUCUUCUUCAAGCUUUUGCUCCCAUGGCGGCCUUUUUUUAGUAAUCCUAGGUUAAAGAAGACACUCACCUGCUCUUUUUCUUGCAGAACAUAGUGUUUUUUUUAUGUUACUUUGAGAUCGACGAAGUACUGUUCAUCCUCCUCCUUUUGGUUUCCUUUUUUUUGUGUUUUGGAUAUGGAUUGUCUUCAGGGUUUCGAAACCUUGAAUUCUAACUCUUCUUCUACUGCUUUUUCCGGGAUCCUGGCGAUGACCACCGCGGCCACCGCCGGAAACGGAAACGGGAACCCUUUAUCGGUGACGGUUUCCUCCUCCUCCACUUCUCCGACCACUCUAAGCCGCUACGAGAACCAAAAGCGCCGUGACUGGAACACUUUCGGCCAAUACCUCUGCAACCACCGUCCGCCUCUCUCGCUCUCCCGCUGCAGCGGCGCACACGUCCUGGAAUUCCUCCGGUACCUCGACCAGUUCGGGAAAACCAAAAUCCACACCCCGCUUUGCCCUUUCUUUGGCCACCCUAAUCCUCCGGUUCCAUGUCCCUGCCCUCUCCGUCAAGCUUGGGGAAGCCUCGACGCUCUCAUCGGCCGCCUCCGUGCCGCCUUCGAGGAGCACGGAGGCAAGCCCGAAGCAAAUCCGUUCGGUGCUAGAGCUGUUAGGCUUUACCUACGUGAGGUUCGUGAUUCACAGUCCAAGGCCAGAGGCAUAAGCUACGAGAAGAAGAAAAGGAAACGACCACCGCAAGCUCCUCCAUCUCUUCCGCCAUCAAACGUCAAUCAAAAUCAGUAAGCAAAAAGAAAAAAAAAUCUUCAAGUAUCCACCAGCUGCACGAAAAAAAAACAUGGACUUAUGCUGCCUUAAUUAUUACAUAACUAUUUGUAGUAACCUAAGAUCUAUGUGAAUUUCAACAUCCAAUUUGUCUUUAGAUUUGUACUUUCGAUAAGCCAUUUAUGACGAGUUUAGAUUUGCAGAUCAA